UCAACACGACACGAGACAAGAGCACAGCCCAUCCCACCCUGCCGAAUAAGCUCCAAAUAUAACAAAAAAAAUCUUUCCCCAACAAAUCAUCAAAUUAAUCGCACCACCAGCUUUACUGCUACAAAUGCUUCCGCCUCAGCGAUUCUCCAUCUUCUCCUUGGCUCCUCGUCCUCUUCCUCUUCUUCCCCCGGCCCCCUACUCUACCUCUCUCUCUCUCUCGUCUGCUUGAGUAAUUGGAGAGAGAGUCCACAUAGCGUAGCAUUGUAUCAGUGGAUCUUUGAGUUGCUGCUGCAGGGUCUGAUAUGACGUCCUCGGCAUACUCGCGGCCGUCGAAGCUGCCUGGCGGCGGCGGCGAGCGGAGGCUGCCGCCGCGGCUGAUGAGGGGCCUCACAUCCAAGAUCGAGCCAAAGAAGCUCGGCGUCGGCCUCGUCGCCGGCUGCUGCCUCGCGCUGCUCACCUACGUCUCCCUCGCCAAGCUCUUCGCAAUCUACUCCCCUGUAUUCGCCAGCACGGCCAACACAUCCUCCCUGAUGCAGAACUCGCCGCCGCCGUCGUCGAAGCCGUCCGUGCCAGAGACGGAGGCCAUCCCGCCGCAAGAAACACUGGCUGGUGGCGGCAAGAACGGUAACGCCGUGGAUCGCGUCGAUCUGCCGGAGGCGGCAGCGUCCGAAGAGCCUGGCCUGCCGCAAGCUGUCACGAGAAACGAGAUGGCCGCGGCGGCGGGGUCUGAAGAGCCUGGUUUGCCUGAGGCGUUUACGAGAAAGGACGACGGGGAGAAUGCGGCGGCGACCUCGGAGCCGAAGCCAUCUGCUAAGGAGAGGAAGGAGAAGCAGAGCAAUGGCGGCGCGGCGGCGGCGGGCGAAGGCAAGAUGACGUGCGACGAGAAUGGCGUCGACGAGGGCUUCCCGUACGCGCGGCCGACCGUGUGCGAGCUCUUCGGCGACAUCCGGGUCAGCCCCAAGCAGAAGACCAUGUACCUCGUGAACCCCUCCGGCGCCGGCGGCUUCGACGAGAGCGCCGAGAAGCGGCUCCGCCCCUACGCCCGCAAGGACGACUUUCUCCUCCCAGCCGUGGUGGAGGUCACAGUCAAGUCCGUCCCCUCCGCGGCGGUGGCGCCCAAGUGCACGAAGCUGCACCGCGUCCCCGCGGUGGUGUUCUCCGUCGCCGGCUACACGGACAACUUCUUCCACGACAUGACGGACGUGAUGAUCCCGGUGUUCCUGACGACAGCGCACCUCAAGGGCGAGGUCCAGCUGCUGAUCACCAACUACAAGCCGUGGUGGGUGCAGAAGUACACACCUGUGCUGCGGAAGCUCUCCAAUUACGAUGUGAUCAACUUCGACGAGGACGCCGACGUGCACUGCUUCCCGCAUGGGUUCGUGGGCCUGUACCGCGACCGCGACCUCAUUCUCUCCCCGCACCCGACCCGCAAUCCCCGCAACUACACCAUGGUAGACUACAAUCGCUUCGUCCGUGACGCUCUGGCGCUGCCGCGCGACCGGCCCGCCGUUCUCGGGGAGGAGCCCGGCAUGAGGCCCCGGAUGCUGAUCAUCUCCCGGGCGGGAACGCGCAAGCUGCUGAACCUGGACGAGGUGGCCGCGGCGGCGUCAGAGCUGGGGUUCAACGUGACGGUGGCGGAGGCGGGCGCGGACGUUCCGGCGUUCGCGGCGCUGGUGAACUCGGCGGAUGUGCUCCUGGCGGUGCACGGCGCGGGGCUGACGAACCAGAUCUUCCUCCCUACGAAGGCGGUGGUGGUGCAGAUCGUGCCGUGGGGCAAGAUGGACUGGAUGGCGACCAACUUCUACGGCCGGCCGGCGCGGGACAUGCAGCUCCGGUACCUGGAGUACUAUGUUGGCGAGGAGGAGACGAGCCUCAAGGACAAGUACCCACGGGAGCACAUGAUAUUCAAGGACCCCAUGGCCAUCCACGCGCGGGGGUGGCAGGCGCUCGCGGAGAUCGUCAUGAAGCAGGACGUCAGCGUCAACCUCAACAGAUUCCGGCCAUUCCUGCUUCAGGCGCUCGACAAGCUACAGGAGUAGGAAUUCAGCUCCAGGCUCAUGAGUCACCACGAAUCACGAGCGGCAGCCAAUUCACACCAGCAGCACAUAAGAACACGCACAGACGAACUCAAAAGGGGAAGAACUGAGGAGGCUACUACUACUGUUGCUAGGAUUAGAAAGAAAGGGAAGGAUCUUUUCCUUGAUAGAUCGAAUGGGGCGGCUUCAAAUUGGUAAUUGGUUGGUUGGUCGGUCGUUGUCUUUUGGUUUGUAACAAUUUGGAUUGUGCACCACACUACACACAAAAAUGUUAUCUCUUUUUCUGUCUUUUACUUCA